AUGGCAGACCUGCUCAUUUCAGCGCUCCCAGCCCAUCUUGACGGCUAUCUUCCAUCAUCUACCGGACGAAGUCAGGUUAGGCCACUAGGCCUCAAAGGCUCCAAGUCAACUCCACACCUGUGCAAGGCAUCAGCAAAAGAUGGCGCCUUGUCCAGAACAUUCAAGGGUGUUGGCAGUCUGUGGUUCGGUUGGAGAGAUGGGUUAACUUGGCAACAACGAAAGGAGAGGGACGAGCGCGAACAACGCAAUCAGAUUCUUUGUCUGCGCAUGAAGACCGCGGAGUCUUAUGCACAAUGGGAGGCUGCUGCGGCAGAACUAGAUCGCCUCCAGGGAAACGACAAAUGGAAAGAAGACGAGUCAGCUAUGGUGGAGGGCUACAACGCCGUGCUCUUGGCCGAACGUCUUCGGCAAUUGGACGACGCCCGUUAUAGCUGCGACCUGCCCUCCAUGAUGCACCUCAUACGCACAGCUCUGUCGCGAGAUCUCGCCGGCAUGGACAAUGUUGACUUGUAUCGGCACUCGUACAUGGGCACCAAGGUGCUUAUCGAACGAUACGUCGAAUCGACCCUCGCCACUAUUGAUGCCGUCGUCACGCAGAGCAGUGUAGACACGUCAGUGGAGCUGCGCGAUCUUUUGGAAGGCAUGCUCUUUGCCCGCCAGAGCUUCGGACGCAGCGCCCUACUUCUCUCGGGAGGUGGUACCUUCGGCAUGGCUCAUAUCGGAGUUGUCAAGUCUCUUUUCGAGGCCCGACUUUUCCCUCGCAUCAUAUCAGGCGCCAGUGCUGGCAGUAUAGUAUGCGCAGUUGUGUGCACCAGGGUCGACGAGGAAAUUCCAGGCGUUUUAAAGGCUUUUCCGCACGGAAACCUGGCGGUCUUUGAGGAAGAAGACAAUCGUGACGGGAUUCUGGGCCACAUCCGUCGUCUUCUCACAGAGGGCAGUUGGUCCGAUAUACAACACUUAUCAGGCGUCAUGCGGGAGCUCACGGGCGACCUUACCUUCCAGGAGGCCUAUAACCGCACACGCCGCAUCCUCAACAUUUGCGUCUCAUCGGCCUCCAUAUACGAACUUCCGCGGCUCCUCAACUAUGUGACGGCCCCCAAUGUAAUGAUCUGGUCUGCCGUAGCUGCAUCAUGCUCGGUGCCUAUCAUCUUCAAUGCGCCUCCGCUUCUUGUCAAGGACCCCCUCACUGGCGAGCAUCUGCCGUGGAACCCAACGCCUCAACGUUGGAUCGACGGAUCGGUGGAUAAUGACUUGCCCAUGACGCGUCUUGCCGAAAUGUUCAAUGUCAAUCACUUCAUCGUCUCUCAGGUGAACCCGCACGUAAUUCCAUUUCUCGCCAACGACGAUUAUAUAGUACCGGAUCGGACUCCGGUUGCAGAGAAGCGGCAGCAUAACGACAACAUGGAUUUGGCGUACACCCUAACGAGCCUGGCAAGGGAUGAGGCAUUGCACCGCCUGCAAUUUCUUGCCGAGGUGGGCAUUUUCCCAAAUAUGGUUGACAAAAUCCGCAGCGUCUUGAGCCAGAAGUACUCUGGGGAUAUUACCAUUCUGCCAGAAAUGAGUAUGCAAGACCUUCCUGGAAUCCUCACAAAUCCCACUGUUGAGUUUAUAACUCGCUCAACUCUCCUGGGAGAGAGGGCAACGUGGCCCAAGUUGAGCCGAAUCCGAGAUCGCUGCGCGAUUGAGCUUGCUCUAGACAGGGCAGUCCACUGCCUACGGGCGAGGGUCGUUUUUGAAGAGGGAACUUCCGACAAUGGCAACACCAACCACAACUACAUGCCCAAUAAUCACCACUCUAGCGUUAGCAACGUUCAUCUUCAUGGGCGCGCGUCGUCUGAUUUUUUCCAAGUCAAAAAUCAGAAAAAGAACGAUUCUUUUGUACCUCCAUGGCGACGACUAUCUGGUGGAAGCCUAUCCUCUGCGGCGCACCGAAAGACACUGCUUGACGAUGACGGCAUCACACCGAGCGACACGUUGUCAAUUUCCCUCGUCCACAAUGACCCACCAUCGCUAUUGUCCACGCCCAUACUUCACCCCUCGCAGGAAAUCUCUUCACUAUCUCGCACGCCAACUUUAAAGAGGGUUAAGAGCAGCUACGGCCCUGUUCCUAAGCACUAA